CGAUAGUGCAGGGGGAAAUUCUGGUACGUAAUGAUCUAAUGAGUUCUUCUCGUAUCCAUAUCUCAUUUUCAUUCAGCUCUUGUUCUCACCUAUAUCAUCUCGCAAUCCACUCUCCCCAUGCCGGGGCACGUCGCAGUUUUCUCCCCAGAUGCAGACCUCACUUACACAUCUGCUACAUCUGUACCACACGACAUAUUCCCCCUAUCAACCUACCCAACCUGUUCUUCCCAAUAUCUCGGCGAUUUCCCCGCAAAUAGCCCCCUAGCAUCCGGCACUCUCAUUCCAUUCACUGCAAGCUGGCCGAAGACGUUGGUGAUGACCGGCACGGCUGACAAUAUUGCUGAGAGCUCGCGGACAGUCGUGAGUGGUAUCAAAGAAGCGGGCGGGAUAGCAGAGCUUGUGGAGUAUGCAGAUUUGACGCAUGGUUGGUGGAUGUUUGCUCACAUCUUUACACUUCAGUCGGACGAUGGGUUAGAGAGGCUUGCAGCUUUUGUGUACAAUUAAGUAAAUAAAUAGAUCGUAGCUGAGCUUGAGCAGUGAAUUUGAGAUCUGCGAUAUGUAUCGCAUAUGAUUCGUGAAUGAGAGGAACGAUAUUCGAUGCCAAUUGAUCAAGCUUUAUAUCGACAUGAAGUGACUUCGUGUGAAAAAUUGACGGUCCUUU